UGAGUGAAGGUGUAUAAAGGUGAUGAGUGUGUCCUUGCAUGACUAUGUUUGUUAUUGUGAGUACAUUUGACCAUAAUCGCUCCUUUUUAGUACUUAUUGCUUUUGAACACAGGCCACUCUACUAAGCUUCUACUUCAGCCAGUCUGUGGUUUGGUUUCUAAGAUUUGCUGCUGAGAAACGAAACCACUUGCUUACAGUGUAUUUAGGGGCUUCCAGUAUGGAGAUCACUGUCCUUUUAAGGGUGACAGCCACUUCCUCUCCCUCUGCUCACCCUCCCUGCCUGGCCCCACCACCCUCACUCAGCCUUGGGCUCAGCUGAAGAGAAGAUGCAGAGAAAUGGGUCUGAGAAGCUCACAAUCUCCUUUCUUCUACUGCUUCUCUUGUUUGGUUCCGCAUUACAGGAUGGUGGUCUCCAGGUCAGUGGAAUCCUGAACCAGUCAGUCUACUUGUCCAACCACGUGCAUCUCAGUCUUCCUGUACAGAAAGUCAUGUGGGAAGUGAAGAUCAAUAGAGAAACAUUUGCCUUAGCUGAGUACAGAGAUGGAGGCUUUGAGAUCUAUAAUGAUCAGUUCAUCGACCGUUUGGAUGUGUCUGACAGUGGAACAACGCUGGGAAUACGAGAGCUGAGAAAACAGGACGGCACCAGCUUCACCGCUUAUAUUACUCUCAUUAACAAAGUUGUUAAAAAGCUGGUGUUUCAUCUCACUGUGUACGAACCAGUUCCUGAGCCAAAUCUACAUAUACAAGUGGAGAAAGUCAAAAAGACCUGGUGUAAUGUUACUCUGCAUUGCUCUGUGCCAACAAAUGUAUCCCUGAUAUUCUACAUCUGGAUGUACAGGAAUGGGAGCUCUGGGUACCAGCACUAUACUAAUGGCACCACUAUCCACCUCUUACUAAUGGAUAUCCCCCAAAAUAUGGAAUUCCUCUGUUUGGUACAAAAUCCUGCAGAGCACAAAAAUGUAUCUGUUCAGGUACAAGAAAUGUGUAAAUAUGUGGAAGAUUCUGAUGGAAUUUGCUGGAUUAAAUUAUACAUUUUUCUUCCCCUUCUUGCCGUGUUGUCUGCUACAUUAAUACUUUUUUCUAAAUAGUAACACACAAGAAAUUGACCCAAAUUGGCAGGCAGCGACAACCUGUUACACUAAAGCAAAACCCACACAACCACUGGAAAUGGACCAUCCUUUCCUGAACUUACUGUCCCACAUAUAUAAGGAUAGUUGGGAGGUGUGUAAUUUGAUGGGAAAUGCACUUUAUAUGUGGCUCCUUUAAGAGUUCAAAAAAUGAGAGUGAGUCAGCAAAAUAUUAAUUUGAGUUUUUAGGGUACAUUGAUGGAUUCAACAAGCGGCAAAGAAGCAUUGCUCAGUGGAGUAAAGAUGGUGGAAUGUGAGUCUGGUAUAAAAGAUCUCAUGCCAGAAGACUUGUUUCUUCUCUGCCCAAAUGUCAAUAUCAGAGACUGAACGGCAUAGUGGGCAGAUCAGUUUAGCAAUAAAAAUUUUAGCAAUGUCUCCUCCAAUUGGGAUUGUUUUGAUUGCUUUAAAAGUACAGCAUGUUUCCUUAGCAAAUGUAUCUAGAAUUAAAUAUUUUAUAUAUCUCUUUAGAUUGUAAUGAGUAGGGUCCUCUAUGCCUGUAGUCAGUAUUUGUAUAUAAUACACAAAAGCCAUGAAUAUCCUGUAAAUUAUAUCCUUAUAAACGGUGAGUUCUGAUGUC